AUGAAUUCACAAUCAAAAUUGCCUUGCAUUAUUGGAUCAACUGGAUCUCGAUUUUCUAAAACAACCACCAAUAGAGCAACAGAUCCAUUCGAUUCCACUCUACAGCCCAAUUAUUUCAAGUCACUCCAAUGGAGUCCUGACGGACAAUGUAUUCUUACAAACUCGUUUGAUAAUACGUUGAGAUUAUUCGAUGCUGGUUCUGCACUAUAUGAAAAUCCAACAACCACUUCAGUUGUAGAUCUGGUUGAAUCUCUUCAAAUCAAAUCAGCAGAGCCUGUAUACGAUAUGAAAUGGUAUCCGUUUAUGUCUUCAAGCGAUCCAUCCACAUCGUGCUUUGUUUCUUGUUCGCGAGAUCAUCCAGUACAACUCUGGGAUGCUUAUACAGGACAGGCAAGUUAUAUUGAUCAAAUACCACACGCCAGUAAAAAUCAUGUAGAUCAAGUCUGUGCACCCAUUUCACUGGCAUUUAAUCUCGAUGGUACAAAAAUAUUCUGUGGUUUUGAUGGACAGCUACAGAUAUUCAAUACUGGACGACCAGGAACAGAUUGCGAGAUUGUCCCACUCACACCGAAUAAAAAAUCACGCGAUGGUACUAAAGGUUUGGUAUCAUCGAUUGCAUUCAGUCCAGAUCAAUCCGGUCUCUACGGUGUUGGAACCUAUGCUGGCUCAAUCAGUCUCUACGAUUCAUUGACUCACAACCCAAUACAGACACUCAAACCUUCGACACGUUCAGGAGUCUGUCAGAUUCAUUUUACACCUACAACAGCCACCACUCUUCUUUUUGCUGCAUCUAGACAAUCCACUGUAAUUGACUGUUGGGAUUUAAGAAUGAUGGGUCACACCCCUCUUGGUAGGUUUCAUCGUGAUGCUCAAACACAGCAGCGAUUAGCGUUUGAUAUUGGUGUGAUUGAACAUGGCAUGCAUCUUGUAGCUGGAGAUAAAAGCGGAACGAUUCGCGUUUAUGAUGUGAUAUCUGCUUUGGAUCAUGCAGCUCAUUCUACUACUUCAACUACUGCAGAUCAUACAGAUGUGUUGGAGAUUGAUACCCCUUGGUGUGAGUUUAAAAAUGCUGCUAAUGCCAGUAUCGGUGCAACGCAAUUUCAUCCCUUUGCACCUGUGAUUGCCAUGUGUAGCGGAGAACGAGUUCAGACGUGGGAAAGAAACAUCGAUCUGAAUCCAGAUACCCCUAUCGUCGCAAACAGUAAUGAACCAGAGCUCGAUAAGCAUAUGGAGUGUCGCCUAUCCAUUUUAAAAUGGGACACUGCUGCCAACACCAUAUAA